ACUUCAGCUCAACACCGCAGACUCUUCCGACCCCUUCUCCAUUCAGCCGCGAUCCAAGCCAAGCCCAAGAGCUAUUCACCAAACCCAGACUUGAGUCAUCCUUUGCCAACCUGUUCCAAACACACCUCUCCCACACUCGAGUCAGAGGUCGACGCUUUGCACAUUCGCCAUGGACUUCAAUCAGUUCGUGAUCACUACGGUGCAGCCAGACGCAAAGGCCACUAUGCGAGGCUCGCAAGGACAGAAGCCACGAAAGAAGAAGAGACUCGAGCAGCCGCCGGCUUCUGGCGCUUUCGCCCAGGAGCAUCAAGUCCCGGCCACGGAGGACUUGCCAGGACACCUGGCUCAGGCUGCUGAGGCUUCUCCCCAUAGCGAUGAAGUCGACGCUUGGGCGGAGGUACAAGCCAUGAGCGCCGAUGACACGAUCGAUGCCGCCAAUGCCCCACCAUCUACGGGUGCCAUUCCCAGCGUGGAGUCCGAUGAAUCGAUGAACGGUUCCAGUUUGCUUGAUCCAACCACAGCUUCUCGUAAGCACAUGCGUAUCGGCGGUGACCUGUACGAGAUCUGGAAGCCGGGCGACAAAGACGGGGACGAAUUUACAGAUUGGUAUGGCCGGACACCCAAGGUACCAGUCGAGCAGCGUUGGCGCAUCUUUCAGAGCGACAUAGGCAGGAUCAGCUGGAGGGACGGCAAUGUACCACCCAAAUUCGUGUACCUUGAUGACCGGGCUGCCCAGCAGGUGCUGGCAUCGGAUAUUCCCAAGGCCAAGAUCUGCAAGUUCUGGCAGCACGACUUCGGUCAGCCAUGCAAUAUUCGUCGCCAUCGUCGCCACAUCGGGCGCCCUGCCGUCAAGGAUGAGAAAGCAGAGGGAAGCGCAAAAUACCACUUCGCUCAGCAUGGCGGCAAGGGACAAGAUGUCUACUACUUCAGCGGCGAUUCUGAAUGGAAGCCGGUGCACUAUCGUAUUCCAGUCGAGGUAGCAAAGCCUCCAGAGCCAGAAGUCGUGCAGCCAAAGCGCAAGUACGACGACAUUCUCGACGCGGAGCCAAACCGCCGUGCUCACGGGCACAAUCAGUACACUCCAAAGGACAUGCUGGUGAAGUUCGGAGCACCGUCAUUUGCAAAGCCUGUUGAGAAGCAUCACAAAUUGCCGCCACUGCCAAAGCCGCAUCAGAAGACCAGAGGCACCGAGAACCCAAUCUUUGUAGAAAAGCGAUUGAUCGGAGACAUGGCCCAGAUCGCACGCGAGGCUGUACGUAAAGACGCUCAAAAGGCCCUUCGUGAGGCAAGCGUUGAGGAUCUCCGAGCUGCUCUCCGGGCGCGUGAAGCCGUGCAGGGGACAGGAGCUGGAGACAGGGACGACUCCGCUGUUGCUCGUUCAAGCAACAGUCCGCCAGUGAAGCCUGCUGCCGCCAUCCGCGGUGCAUCGGCCACCCGGAGCUCCUCUCCAUCAGUGCCACAGGUUGAAGAGAUGCCAAUCGAUGUGCCUCGCGAACUGUCCUACAUUGAGCGCCGUGACCUCGAAAAUCGCAUGACCGCGCAGGUGGUUCGCGGCAUCCAAAACCAGGAUGAUGUCCAAGCCAUGGCCAAGUCCUUGUCGACUGCGAAGGUCAAGGUUGGUCAACUUGAGAAAGGAAACGCUCUGCUGAAGCAGCAGCUCCAAGCAGCCGAGCACAAAGCUGGCAAAUGGGAGCGAAUUGCUGAAGACAAGGGGCAAGAGCUCGCCGACUUACGCGAGGAUCAGGAGGCUAGCGGGCAGGAAAUCGUCGAGCUCAAGCGUAAGAACACUUUGCUGGAGCUAAGCGUCGACAGAAAGGAAGCGGAAUUGCGGAAACUGCUGCAGCAGUAG